GAGACGCGCAGUUGAGGUGGAACACAACGGGCAACAAAAAAAAAUCUGCAGUGAACGGAUACACUUGGCUCCGGCGUGCGCCUUUCACAAACCCCCGGGAAAAAUUUCCUCCCAGAAUAAACUUCAUUAUCAGGUGCUGGUUGCCACCCUAUGUGAGUCUGGGGAGCCGUUCCUGCUUCAGUAGAUUACAGCAUGAGGACUGAUCCGAUACUCUGACCAAAGACCACUGGACACAGACCACUGAGGGGGGGGGGUGGAAGACAGAAGGCUGUGGUGGUGUGGCCAUGGAUAGAAGGAAAGUUUGCGUAUUGAUGGUGCUGUGGGCCAUGGCCCACCUCAGCUCUCCAGGGUACGGGCUCAGGGCCCUGCGAAGGACUACAGGGGUGCGGAGGGGGUCCGCAGGACUGUCAGGGGAGGACGCCAACGGAGUGCCACUCAGGCGCUCCAAACGAGGUUGGAUGUGGAACCAGUUCUUUUUGUUGGAGGAGUACACCGGGACAGACCUGCAGUAUGUCGGAAAGCUUCAUUCAGAUUCAGACCGAGGAGAUGGAAGUGUGAGGUACGUCCUCAACGGGGAGGGGGCGGGGACCCUCUUCAAGAUAGACGAGAAGUCGGGGGACAUCCACGCCACCAAGAGGCUGGACAGGGAGGAGAAGGCCUACUACAUCCUUCACGCCAAAGCUGUCAAUCGCUUCACCAACGAGGCGCUGGAGGGCGAGUCCGAGUUCAUCAUCAAGAUCCACGACAUCAACGACAACGAGCCGCGAUUCACCAAGGACCCGUACAUGGCCCGAGUCCCUGAAAUGUCCGACAUCGGCACCUCUGUAAUUCAGGUGACAGCCACAGACGCAGACGACGCCACGUACGGGAACAGCGCCAGGGUGGUGUACAGCAUCCUGGAGGGCCAGCCGUACUUCUCCGUGGACCCAGACACCGGCCUGAUCAAGACGGCCCUGCCUGGCAUGGACAGAGAAGUCAAGGAAAACUACCAGGUUGUGAUCCAGGCGAAAGACAUGGCCGGACAGAUGGGCGGCCUCUCAGGAACCACUACGGUCAGCAUCACCCUCUCCGACGUGAACGACAACCCGCCGCGCUUCACCAAGACCCUCUAUGAGUUCAGAGUGUCGGAGUCCACCGAGCUCGGGGGUGCAGUGGGGGUGAUUCGAGCCAUGGACGCUGACAUCGGUGAGAACGCGGAAAUGGACUACAGGAUUAUCGGGAGCGACGGGCCCGGCAUGUUUGAUAUCGUCACCAAUAGGAGCACCCAGGCGGGCGUCAUCGUGCUGAGGAAGCCUCUGGACUUUGAGAGGAAGCGCCAGUACAGUCUCCGCGUUCAGGUGGAGAACGUCCACAUCAACCCUCGCUUCUUCUCCAUGGGCCCGUUCAGGGACGAGGCCACCAUCAAGAUCAUCGUGGAGGACAUGGACGAGCCGCCGGUGUUCGAGCGCGCCAGCUACGUGAUGGAGGUCAAAGAGGACGCAGCCAGGAACACCGUCAUCGGCUCCGUCAGCGCGAUGGAUCCUGACGACAAAAAAAGUCUCGUCAGGUACUCUAUUGAUCGGCGCACAGACAUGGACAGAGUGUUCAACGUCCAUGCAGGCAACGGGUCAGUGUUCAUCCUCAGGGAGCUUGACAGAGAAGAGAACGCCUGGCACAACAUCUCCGUCAUCGCCACAGAGUUCAACAACCCGCGACUGUUCAGCCGCGUGCCUGUUUACAUCAGAGUGCUGGACGUCAAUGACAACGCUCCAACAUUUGCCACCAAUUACGAGACGUUUGUAUGUGAGAACGCGAAGGCUAAUCAGAGGAUACAAACUGUGAGUGCCACAGAUCCUGAUGAUCCAAUCGAAGGCCACCGCUUCCUCUUCCAUCUUGCACAGGAGGCUGCUGGGAAGGCUAACUUCUCUGUCCGCGAUAACAAAGACAACACAGCCUGGAUCCUAACACGGAGGAAUAGCUACAACAGUCUGCAGAAGAGCAUCUACCACGUGCCCGUGGUCAUCUCCGACGGAGCAUUCCCGCAGCAAAGCAGCACCAACACGCUGACCAUCAGGGUGUGCACCUGUGACCGCGAGGGCAACAUGAAGCUGUGCAACGCUGAGGCGCUCACUGCGAGGGCGGGACUCAGCACUGGAGCCCUGGUGGCCAUCCUACUUUGUGUCAUCAUCCUGCUCAUGAUCGUGGUGCUGUUUGCUGCCCUGAGGAGACAGAGGAAGAAGGAGCCUCUGAUCAUCUCCAAAGAGGAUGUCAGAGACAACGUUGUCAGCUACAAUGAUGAAGGCGGCGGAGAGGAGGACACUCAGGCCUUUGAUAUCGGCACACUGCGCAACCCAGAGGCCAUCGAGGAGAGCAAGCAGCGGAGGGACAUUGUCCCCGAGACCUUCUUCCCUCCGGUCCGACGGCCUGUGCUGCCCCCGACCCGGGACAAUAACGGGGACGUGAGAGACUUCAUCAACCAGAGGCUCCAGGACAAUGACAGCGACCCGACGGCGCCGCCUUACGACUCCUUGGCCACCUACGCAUACGAGGGAAACGGCUCCGUAGCGGAGUCCCUCAGCUCACUCGAGUCGGUGACCACCGAGGGCGACCAGGACUACAACUACCUGAGCGAGUGGGGACCCCGGUUUAAGAAACUGGCGGACAUGUACGGGGGCGAUGACAGCGACAGGGAUUCCUAACGAGAGCCUGGCACACAGAUUAGGAGAGAAACGUGACGUGAAACACAUGUUAGAAACUUCUGGUGCAUGUGUGGCGAGGAAAAUGGCGCAAGGACCGAGAAACGAACACUGUUUGUCCAAGUGCUCUUUCACCGCCAUCGAUCACCAUUCAGUUGUCCCUCGGGUGACCAGACGUAGGCUUUGUGUGUCCAGUCAGUGUUAGUUGCGUUUUUGCGAGGGCACAGUGAAAAGAGACUUUGUGUCGAGACUUUUUUUUUGUGUGUGUAUAUGGGGUGUACAUGAGGCCCAAAUAUAUCUAUACUGAUAUUUUUUUUUUUUGUUUGUUUUUCCAAAGCUGCCUGUGAUGGACACGUUCAACAAGCAGUUUUGUAAACCAACAGAUAUGCCUAUGUAUUUUUCAGUGUUUCUGGGACAAAAACAUGCUGCAUAUUGUGAGUUCUAUCUUAGCUUGUGUACGUACGGUAAUAUGAUACAAUACGCUGUACAGUUAUUUUGUUUUUCUAAUGAUUUCCAUUGUCCAGAUGACUCCCCCCCCCCCCCUUUCACUGAUGGCUGCCUGGCAUUAGCCACUUAUCUACAGCUGUGCUUGAGCCACAAGAAGAUUUUGGCAUCGUCAUUCCUAAUGUGAACUCUCGAUACAGACCGGAGGCGAGAGGCGUACAACAUCAAAAUUUGUGUUAGUUGUGGCACAUGACUGUUGACAAGUGGAUAAUGUUCUUUUAAGCUUACCUGAAGGUGUGGUAAAAGGACUGUGGGAUUUAGGGCCACAACAAAACACCCUCAAACACACCAGUUUGUCGUUUUUGCAGUAUCUGAUUUUCAUCUCCACACAGCUUUUUGCAUUUGCUGUGCGGUGAGCCGAAAUACCAAAUAUUUCCUUACUGAGCUGAAUGUCGUCAGAACCAUUUCCUCUUGUGCAGCCAACUCUCUGCUUGAAAAAUGAAGUACAUACAAAGGUGUUAUUUUUUUAUGCUACGCUGAUAGAAAUUCACCAAUCUAAUAUGUGCCAGGCUCAGUUAAGAGGAAAAUACUGGUCUUGUUGGGCUUUUUUUGCUCAUCUCCACUCAGAAACUCACUUUAGUAACUCGCAGUGCUGAGAGGACACCACCAAGCUUGAAACUACAGCAUCAAAUUAGAUUAGAUGAAACAUCUUGUGGACAGUUACUGUUAAAAUUCAUCAUGCGAUUUUAUUGUCUUCCCCUUAAACGGUUUGUUUUACCACUUCAGGCGAUGAAAAAAAAAAACAGGAUUUGAGCGUCUGAAUUAAUGCACCAAGUGAGAAAAAUGAUCUUCUUGUUUUGGAUUCAUAGAAAAAUUCUACGUGUUUAAACUUGGAUUCUGUCCAUAUGUAACGCUUUUAUACUUCAUAUGACAAAGAAUCAAAGUCCACCAUAUGAAUCAGAAGAGUUGCCUUAUAAAAAUCUUCUCAUAAUGAAAAUAAAUUAAUCUCAAUGACCAUUUAAAUGUACCAUGACUGACAGCAUUAAAAAAAAAAAAAAAAUCUAAAAUAAAAGUGUUUCUCCUGCUUUUAAGAUAAAAUCUACACUUGUUUGAUCAAGAUUUUAUGUCCUGAAAGGGGCUCCAUCCUUCACAGUCGAAUGUAUGAUAAUGUAACAUAGCACUCCAGGAAUAGAAAUGUGCCAAAAAGCAAAGAACACCAGUAUUUUCCUUUAAAAUCCUCCUAUGACUGUACUCUGGUCCCUGCCCUUCAUUACAUGUACUGUAUGUAGUGUUGAAUAUGAAGCCAGUCCAAGUGUUCGGGCUUUACUCAACUGAUUUCCUGCGGGACGAACAGACUUUUCCAUAAAGAUGCUUAUCGAGGGGCGCCUGACCUUUGAGUUGCGUGGAAUAGGGUUCUUAAACCCAGAGGUGUGUCCUUGGAUCAGAGAGAAGGUCAAAGCAUUAAUCCUGCAGCGAGAACACACAACACGGUUUAGUUAUAACUGUGAUUUAGAAAGAAAAAAAAAACA